UCAGGAUGCUCUUGUUCUCAGGACAGCUUUGGAAGGAGUUUGCUCUGUAUGUCUGCACUGCUGAGGCAGAUCCCUGCAAACAUCCCUCAGGACAUCCGGAAAAUUAGAAUAGAAAAUUCUCACCUAACAGAAUUGCCUCGUGGGUCUUUUGAGAACGUUAGUGCCUUGGAGUAUCUGUGGCUCAAUUUUAACAACAUCACAGUGAUGCACAUCAAGAGUCUGGAGUAUCUGCCAGCUCUGAAGGAGCUGCGCUUGCAAGGGAACAAAUUAAGUUCGGUGCCAUGGACAGCAUUUCAAGACACCCCGACUCUGAAAAUCCUGGAUCUGAAGCACAACCGGCUGGAUGUCCUUCCAGAACACGCACUCCGCUAUCUGCCCAACCUGACCUAUUUAGAUCUAUCCUCAAAUCAGCUUACCAUCAUAUCCAGGGAUGUCUUCUACAACUGGCCUGUCUACCAGAGAAGCCAGAGGAUGGAGGGACCGCUGGAAGCUAUUUCCAAUGCUGUCCUGGCCCUCCAUGACAACCCCUGGAUUUGCGACUGUCGCCUGCGGGGAUUUGUCCAGUUUAUAAAGUCCGUGGGCCCACCUAUUAUUCUGAUGAAUUCCUAUUUAACUUGCUCAGGCCCAAAAUUCAGGACAGGGAAGUUUUUUCAUGAAGUGGAGCUUAACAGCUGCACGAAGCCCCUGACCUCAGCCCUUGACACCAACCUGACAGUCCCAGCAGGAUUAAACAUCACCCUGACCUGCUUUGUGCAAGCCAGCCCCUCCCCAGCUGUCUGGUGGACCUAUGCACUCAAACUUUUAAGGGCAUUUAAUGUGUCCACGGAGCCCAUCAGCGACGACACCGUCCGCUCGGAGCUGCUGAUCCCGGCGGCACGGCCAGCAGACGCCGGCAACUACACCUGCACGGCGGCAAACUUCCUGGGCAACACCUCGGUGGCCAUCAACCUGCGCGUGGUGGCCCCGUGGGCGUCCACCACGCCCCGCGGCUGGGCGGCCGCGGCCCCCGCGGAGCCGGGCGCUCACGUGGAGGUGCGCAUCGCCAAGCAGACGGUCUACGGCAUCACCCUGGAGUGGUUCGCGGCGGCGGCGGCGGCGGCCGAGCCGGGGGAGACUUGGUACACUCUCCUGGUGGGCCGCUACGACGCCGCGCAGAAGGACACCAUCUACAUCGGGCCCGGGGUGAACACCUACUCGGUGACCGACCUGCUGCCCGCCACCAAGUACGAGGUGUGCGUGGCCGUGCGCAACCAGGCCCCCCGCAAGGGCCAGUGCGUCGUCUUCGUCACGGGCAGCGACGUCAGCCAGAUGGAGCAGCGCGAGAAGCUCAUCCACAUCGUGGUCAUCGUGUGCGCCAUGGUGCUGGCCGUGCCGGCCGGCAUGUACGCCUGCACGGCCGAGGCGCUGCCCGGCUGCCUGGCCCGCUGCCCCAGCGCCUGCCCGCGCCGCCGCCGCGGGGGCCCGGCGCAGGCCGCGGGCAGCAAGGAGAGCACGCUGGACAGCCUGCCCGCCGGCAGCGAGGACGGGCUCUGCCGCCCCGACGGCGGCCGCGGCGCACGGCGGUCCCCGGAGCGCCAGGAGCCCGGCAAGGCCCGGCCGCCCCACAGGAACAGCGCCGACCUCUACUAG